GAAAUUGCUAUACUGCAACAAAAUUCAAAUUUUAUACUUAAAACUUCGAGAGACUUAUUGAUGAUUUGAUUGAAUUGCAACUAUGAAACUUGUAACUCAAGACAGUAAUUAUUUUUUAAGUCGAGAUGAAGAAAUGACCGAUAAACACUAUUUCUACCUAUUUCCCUACAGACAAAAAAAGCUACAAAUAUCUAGAAAAUUUUAGUUCCCAGAAGUUCAAAAGUCAAAGCUGUGGGAACACACUAACGUUGGGGCAAAACAAUGGCCACAAGAGUCCACUUUAUCCCCAAGAGAAAAGAACAAACUAAGUUGUAGAUUCAAGAAUACACACAUACAUAAAGAAACACACACAUACCAAAAAAAAAUAAUUGCAAGUUACAACAAACUCAUCCAUGGUGAUAACUUGUUCUUCCUCCUUCUCUACUACUUCUACUACUUCUACAGCUAUUUUUGAUAUUGGAAACUAUUCAACUAAGCUAUUGAAUAUUGAGUCACAAUCACGCACCUAUAAUUCUUCUCUUCCUCUUCCUCCAAAGCCACUCUUGAUUGCAACCCCAUCAGAAGCAGGAAACUUUCCAGUAGUUUUAUUCCUUCAUGGCUAUCUUCUUUACAAUUCCUUUUACUCUCAGCUUAUGCAACAUAUCUCUUCUCAUGGCUUCAUUGUUGUGGCUCCUCAGUUGUAUUCGCUGGAAGGAGCAGAUACAACCAAGGAAAUAAAAUCCAUUGCUGAAAUCACGAACUGGUUAGCUGAAGGAUUACACAAUUUUCUUCCAUCUCAAGUUGAGCCAAACUUGAAAAAGCUCGCGCUAGCUGGCCAUAGCCGUGGGGGAAAAGCUGCAUUUGCUCUAGUUCUUGGCAAAGUUGCUAAUGUUUCAACCAAACUGAAAUUCUCAGCACUAAUAGGCAUUGAUCCUGUUGAUGGAAUGGACAAAGGAAACCAGACUCCUCCACCCGUCCUCACCUACAUUCCUCGGUCCUUCAAUCUAGAUAUGGCGGUUUUGGUAAUAGGCUCGGGUCUAGGAGAAGUAAAGAAGAAUCCUCUGUUUCCUGCUUGUGCCCCGAAGGGAGUUAAUCAUCGUGAUUUCUAUAACGAAUGUUGCAGGCCGGCGUGUUACUUUGUAGCAAAGGAUUAUGGACAUGUUGAUAUGCUAGAUGAUGAAACUAAAGGGGUUAGAGGUAAGGCGACUUAUUGUUUGUGCAAGAAUGGUAAGUGUAGAGAGCCUAUGAGGAGGUUUGUUGGAGGAAUAGUGGUUGCUUUCUUGGAAGCUUAUUUGGAAGGGAACUCAAGUGACUUAAUGGCUAUUAAGGAUGGAUGUGUUGCACUACCUGUAGAGCUCCAAGAUGUUGAUUUUCUUGUGUAGUUACUUAUGAUUUUGAUUAUGAACAAACAAGUCCAAGAGGUCAACUACCUGUUUUAGGGGUUUGAAACACAUUUUACUAAUGACAAUCUUGAAAAAUACA